AUACGAUAACACGCGUGUGACGUUGACGGCAUAUCGUAAUAACAAGCCGACAAGUGGCAACAACAGCAGAGGAGAACAGCAGAUGAUGAAUGUUCAAAAAUUGAGCUUCGAGAAUGUAUCGAAAAUCCCCAUCCGGAUGAAAAGUUUCCAGUUAGGCCAACGACGCAAGAAGGAAACAACUAGAGGAAAGAGGAAAGUCCCAUAACCUCAAAAAUACACGGAUUCGAAAUGUGCUAAAAUGUUUAGAUGUGAACGUGGAUUGCGGAGCAGUCUCAAGAAAUAAGAAUUGUGGAUGCAUUAGACUGUAUCGUUAACAAGAAACAUUGGAAAUUCCAUAUCCGUACAACAUUGAGGACUGAUUAAAGAACAUUGAUGUGAAACUUCUAAUCGUGUUAUCUGGAUUUUCCUAAUUGUGAAGAGAAAUUGACACAAAAAUAUAAUAAAGGCUAUUAAAAAGUGAUAUAAAACAGUAACAAUUGGGAAAAGAAACCACACAGGAGUUCACAAAGUGAUUUCUAGUACUCAAGAAAAUGGAUGUCCAACGGCAUUCUGUGCACACGCUAGUGUUUCGGUCCUUAAAGAGAACUCACGAUAUGUUCCUGUUGAAUCAAGGAUCUUUACCGCCGGAAGAUCCUAUUUUGCAACAAAUGAAGAAAAUAGUCAAGGCUAAAGAUUGUUAUGGUCCAAUAUUAGAACGGGUCAAGCAAAAUACGAUUAAAGUGCAGCAAGACAAUGACACUGCAGAUCCUCCACCGCCAGGAGAUGAAACUUUUGGAAUUAACCCUACCUCGGCAAUUGUUCCUUACACUACGACAAAAGGAAGCGCAAGCGUAGUGCCAAUAAGUGUGGGAAGCAAUAUGGGCAGCGGUGCGCUCACAAUGCCGCAAAAGAAAACGCCGUCAAUGGCGAAACCCAAGUGGCACGCGCCAUGGAAACUGUACAGAGUUAUCAGCGGUCACUUGGGAUGGGUGAGAUGUUGCGCCGUGGAGCCUGGAAACGAGUGGUUUGCCACAGGCUCGGCCGACAGAGUAAUCAAAAUAUGGGAUCUAGCCAGUGGCAGGUUGAAGGUUUCCCUAACUGGCCACAUAAGCAGCGUACGUGGCCUUGCAUUCUCACAGAGACACCCGUACCUAUUUUCCUGCGGGGAAGAUCGCCAGGUCAAGUGCUGGGAUUUAGAAUAUAACAAAGUGAUCAGGCACUACCACGGCCAUCUGUCGGCGGUGUAUUCCAUGGCGUUACAUCCUACCAUAGACGUCCUGGUAACGGCGGGACGUGACUCCACCGGGAGAGUGUGGGACAUGCGUACCAAGGCGAACGUUCACACCCUCGUCGGGCACACCAACACGGUGGCCAGCGUGAUCUGUCAGUCUGCCGAGCCGCAGAUCGCCACCGGCAGCCACGACUGCACGAUUCGCCUGUGGGACCUGGCUGCCGGCAAGUCCAGGGCCACUCUGACGAAUCACAAGAAGAGCGUGCGCGCCCUGACGUUCCACCCGUCUCUGUACAUGUUCGCCUCGGCGUCGCCGGACAAUAUCAAGCAAUGGAAGUGUCCGGAGGGCAAAUUCAUUCAGAACCUGUCGGGCCAUAACGCCAUAGUCAAUUGCCUGGCCGUGAAUGCCGACGGGGUCUUGGUUUCCGGCGCGGACAACGGCACCAUGCAUCUGUGGGACUGGCGAACCGGAUACAAUUUCCAGCGGCUCCAAGCGCCGGUUCAGCCCGGGUCAAUGGACAGCGAGGCCGGGGUGUUCAGCAUUACGUUCGACAUGUCAGGCACUCGGAUGAUUACGACAGAGGCUGACAAGACGAUUAAAGUGUACAAGGAAGACGAUACUGCCACUGAGGAAACGCACCCCGUCGACUGGCGGCCCGACAUAAUAAAGCGAAGAAAAUACUGAGCUCUAACUUAUUGGAAUGCCGUAUACGCUGAUUCAAUUAAUUCAACGUGGCUGAAUGUAAUGCGUUCGGAAAUUUAUUUUUUAUAUAGGAAAAUAAUAGACAAAGCUAAUCCGAGCUGCAAUAAAAGAACGAAAAGAUUUCUACCGAGA